AUGUUUGGCUCAUCUUCUGUCACUGUUGUGAUCACGUCUGAGGCUGACACCUGGGACAUCGACGCCUCCUCUUGCCUGGGCUGUGGCCAGUUCGUGGACUGGGACAGGAUGCCAGACCCGGAGCAGGAGGCGUGUAUCCCCCGAGACAUCCUCAGUAAGCCCCCGAAGGAGCUGAAGAAGCUGUCGAGAGAAGGCUGCUGGGCAGCGAGCCGCGCUUUGAGGGCUCAGGUCUACCACCAGCUCAUCCAGCGCAUCCCCUGCCGGCUCGUCACCCCCGAUGCUCUCGUCUACAGGGACGUGGCGAGUCGGCUCUUUGGGAGGCAGAGCGUGAGCUCCCACCCUUUGCCCGAGUUCCUGGAAGGAUGCUCCAUGCCCACGUACUGCCUCAACCUGCACGGGGUCACCGCCUUGAAGAAGAUCCUCAUCUGUGUUGGCAACCUGUUCCCGGACAUCACCUACAGCCCCGUCCUCCCCUCGCUGGUGGCUCUGCUGCUGCACUACAGCGAGGACGAAGCUCAGUGCUUCGAGAGCAUCUCUCGCCUCAUCGCCAGCAAUGCUCCCCAUGCCAGCUACAUCGACCAGUCCUUCCUGGCCCACCAAGCCUCCUGCAUGACUUUUGGAGACCUGGCCAACAAGCACUGCCCAGCAGCUCACAAACUCAUAGCCAGCGCCUCCGAGAACGUCUUUGAGGUCUACUCCGAAUGGUUAUCGUGGCUCUUCCAUGACCUCCCCUUCCAUUACGCCAUCCGCAUCUUCGAUGUCUACCUGCUGGAGGGGCAGAAGGUCCUUUACCGCAUCGCCCUGGCCCUGCUGAAGCAGUACAGGCUCUCGGUGACCUCUGCCGAGCUGGAGGGGACCGACGUCAAGGCAGAUCUGCAGGCUUUCAUGCAGAACAUCGCCGAGCACGUGAGUGUCGACAAACUCCUAGAGAGAGCCUUUGGCAUCCGGCUGUUCUCCCGCAAGGAAAUCUGGCUGCUCCAGAUGGCCAACAGGAAGGCGUUAAUGGAGAGGGGCACGACCAUGGUGCAGAGCAGGCAGUCCUUCCACCUGGCUGUGGACAUGCAGAACUUCAGCUCCAGCAUUGUAACGGCUCAGGAGAUGCGCAUCAUCUGGUCCUGGAUCCCGGAACGCUUCUCCCUCUUCCCUCCACUGCUGCUCUUCUCCACCUCAGAAGAUGGGUGUAGCCUGCAGAGGUUCUACACGUGCUGUGAAGGCUACGAGCCGACGGUGCUGCUGAUAAAAACAGCCGAGGGGGAGGUGUGCGGGGCGUUUCUCUCCUCCGACUGGAGCGAAAGGAAAAAGAGCGGGGCGACGGCAGGCUUCUUUGGGACAGGGGAGUGCUUUGUGUUCACUGUGCGCCCCGAGACAGAGAGGUACGAGUGGGUGUUCAUCAAGAAGCCGGAGCUGGCCAAAGCCGUGCCGCGCUCCCGCCAGCGCUCGCCUUCGCCCUCUCCCGCAUCCCUCCUCGGCUCCUCCCCGGACGGCCGAGCAAACCGUCUUGCCGUGCCCAUGCCGCAGUGGAAAGGCCGUCUCUCCCCGUUCCUGGCCAUCAGGCAUUUCCUCCUGCCUUCCAAAACAGCAUCCAUGUUCAUGGCCGGCUCCCGGGAAGGGAUCAUCAUCG